CUGUACCAAUGGCGUCAGUUCUCAUAUUGACUGUCCGCUAGACUACGGUAUAUAAGGUUUUGAUGCCACUGACAGCCGAUAAACUAUCAAGUGACACUGUUUGAUGCAGUCUCAGAUGAACUAUUCGCCGAUGUCAAUAAUAGUAAAUUAAUGAAAUGGCUGACAUCGACUCAGGUCAAGAUGGUGGGUGUUCUGGUUGGCUCGUCGUUCUGGGUUCCCAUAUCUGCACGAUGUUUGUCUUCAGCGUUUAUCAGUCUAUAGGACCAAUGUUUGUGGCAUUGCAACACUACUUCAAUGCCUCAUCUGCGAGCACAUCAGCGAUAUUGUCACUAUCACUCUUUCUACAAAUGGGGAUGGGGCCAAUAGCAAAUGUGUCUGUGAAGAAGAUUGGAUUCCGGGCAACAGUUAUGACAGGAGCAUUGAUAUCAUCUAUUGGUUUCUUUAGUAGUUCAUUUGCCCCCAGUAUAAGUGUUCUAUACUUAACGUGUGGAGUUUGUGUUGGAAUUGGUUAUGGAUUGAUUGUGAGUCCUGCAUUGGGUAUCAUUCCAUUCUUUAUCAAGAAAAGAUAUGCUUUAGCGAAUGCAUUAUCGAUUGCAGGAGCCGGGACGGGAACCUUUAUACUCGUUGCUCUUAUUCAGUUUCUGAUUGACAGGUAUGGAUGGAGAGGAGCGUUCAUGGUAUUCUCAGCUGUAAACGCUCAUAUGUUCAUAUCUGGAUCUCUCUUCAAAGCACCACCCACGCACAGGAUAAAUACCUCUGAUGUAAUCGUUGAACGUCAACACAGAACUCGUGGAAGAAAAUGCUCUCCACUACUGAUAAUGAUCAAAGCUUUAGACCUGACUUUAUUUUCCCGUUUUCCUCUAUUUACUUUGAUGACUGUGGGUUCAGGCAUCGGUAUUGGAAUGGGUAAUAUUGGAACACCUUCAUUUAUUAGCUUAUACACAGAAAACCUCAAUCUUGCCGAACCCAGCAAACUCGCACUGCUGGUUUCUAUUCUAGCAGGCGUUGCAUACUAUUAG